AUAAGAUUUAAGAUAAAACAAAAAAAGGGGAGAAAACGACUAGGGAUAAUAAGAUGGCUUCUUCUUCCGCCGCCGCCGCCGCCGCCGACGACUCCAAAAAUCCGAAGCAGAUUAUCCGGAGACAGCUCCAAAAAUUGGAGGAGCGAUCCGCCGCCUCCGCCGCCGCCGCCGAAUCCGAAACACCGGCGACGAAAAACCAGAUCAACAAGAUACUCAGACAACUCGAAAAAUUGGAAGAGGAAUCCAAUAAUCGGGAGACGAAGAGGAGAAUCAAAAAGAUACUCGGACAAGUCGAUAUAUUGGAGGAGUUGAAUCCGGACGAGAAGAAGCCGAUCGAUAAGAUACGCACACAGCUCGAGAAAUUGGACGAGAAAUUGGAACAAGAGGAUUCAGAUGAUUCUGAUUCUGAUUGGUGUGGAGGUCCGACUCUCCUGUACGACAGAGAUUCCACCUUGCAACCUACUCCGUAA